GCUAUAUCUUGUUCUUGAAUAUUGGACUAGUAGUCCUGCUUAACCAGUCCUGCGUUUUGAAGAUGCUUGCUGACUGAGCCUUGUGUUACAGCCAUGGGCGUUCAGGGAGAUUCCAGGGUUUAUCGGUAAUUACAUCUGUAUCCUCAGAGCAGUGGCCAGUCUGGAUAUGAUGAGCGCCGAGCCGUAUGAAUUUUCGUGGUCUCUCCUUAAGGCUAUAAGCAGAUGGAUUUUCGACGAAGUUCCUGGCAUUGCGAGGGUAGUUUACGAUACAACAUCGAAACCUCCGGGUGAGACGAACCCAAGCAACUCCCCUCAGCCCUUUUUCGUUCUCUAUUUCUCCCCCUCCCCCCCCGCUGAAUGACCUCCUUCUCCAACAAUUAGUACUAACCCAUGAUAGGCACUAUCGAACUAGAGUGAUAGUUUCCAGCUUUCAAGAAUAGACUAAUUUCCACGCCCUGUUCAAGAUACAACUGGUCGCUCGUGGAACAGUACAUCAGCACCUUCCCCAUCGGUUUUGCCAAUAAAGGAAGGAUUCAUCGGGUUCCCAGUUUCGGCCCUUUUUACCUACCCCACAACGUCGUCAUUUGUUACUACCUUGCAGAUCGACAGGGGGGCAAGGCGGGAUAAACAAUCAGCAUGGAGACAAAAAGGGAUUUCCGGCACUCCAGCUUUCGGUUGAAUACACCAUCG